UAUUACCUCGCUAGGGUUCUUCGUCCCCCAUAUCCCGACUCCCUAGACUAGGCGAUCUCUCGCAAAACCCUAAUCCUCUCUCUCACUGUCUCUCUCUCACCAAUCCUCGUGGCGGAUCCCAAUCCAUUUGGUAACAAGGUUCUUCUUUGUUUGACACUGCUUCUCCGACCGCGACUUUGCAGAGCUUACAGGAAACUUCACCUGCAAUGGUGAUCCCUCCCCCAGUACGACCGGCCAGAAUCACCAAGUACCUCAAGCCCUACCUUCUCAGGAUGCACUUCUCGAACAAGUUUGUGAGCGCCCAGGUCGUCCACACCCCGACAGCCACGGUCGCCUGCUCUGCCAGCUCGCAGGAGAAAAUUCUAAGGCCGAGCAUGGAGUCCACGCGGGACGUCGCUGCGGCCGCCAAGAUCGGGAAGCUAUUGGGGGAGCGGUUGCUGCUCAAUGGCAUCCCCGCGGUCUCCGUCUUCCUCAAGAGGGAGCAGAAGUACCACGGAAAGGUCAAGGCUGUUAUUGAUUCUUUGAGAGAUGCUGGGGUGAAACUACUUUGAUGUGCUAUGUAUUGUUUUUGAAUUUUAUGAUUUUCGUCAAAUCUUCGAGAACUCGCACAAUGUUCGGAUUGAGAGAUAGUGUAAGUUCAACCACAUUUACCCUGUAGUAUCGAAUGUGAUUUGAAUUGAGUGUCUUCUAUUUUUGUGGAUCUUGUUCGUUAAAACUUAUUCGGGGUUUAAUUUGUAUAUUUGAAUUACUGCGUGGAUCUAUUAUUCCUGUUUGGGCUUCCUUUC